GCAGGCACCGGGCCCCCAGGCGGGGGCGACAGGCACCGGGCCCCCAGGCGGGGCGACAGGCACCGGGCCCCCAGGCGGGGCGACAGGCACCGGGCCCCCAGGCGGGGCGACAGGCAUCGCCCCCAGGCGGGGCGACCCCAGGCGGGGCGACAGGCAUCGGGCCCCCAGGCGGGGCGACAGGCAUCAGGCAUCGGGCCCCCAGGCGGGGCGACAGGCAUCGGGCCCCCAGGCGGGGCGACAGGUCUCGGGCCCCCAGGCGGAGCGGCGGGCGCCGGACCCCCCCCAGGCGGAGCGACAGGUCUCGGGCCCCCAGGCGGAGCGACAGGCAUCGGGCCCCCAGGCGGAGCGGCGGGCGCCGGACUCCCAGGCGGAGCGACAGGUCUCGGGCCCUCAGGCGGAGCGGCGGGCGCCGGACCUCCAGAUGGAGCGACAGGUCUCGGGCCCUCAGGCGGAGCGGCGGGCGCCGGACCCCCAGCUGGAGCGACAGCGGGCACCGCGUCAUCUGGCAAGGCAGUGGGCUCCGAGUCA